UUUUCCCCACUAUAUAGUCCACCCAUAAUCUCAUUAAUCACCACAUUAAUUUCAAUCUGAUUCAUAAACCACAGCAGUAUAAGCUGAUUUCAUAGAAAUUCAUCUCCCAUUUCCACAUACCUUUUUUUCCACUUCUUUCAGACAUUUCAUCGAACAUGUUGCGUGCACCCAAUACGAGAGCAUCAAUCGCAACCUUUUUGGCCCUCAUCUCCAUUCUCCCAAGGCUAACCCACUCCACCAAAACGAGCUAUGUCCGAGAAGCCUGCAGCGUAACACGACACCAAGAUCUCUGCAUCCAAUCCCUGACGCCAUUUUCAAGCACCGCCAAGCGAAGCCCUGCAAAAUGGGCGCGAGCGGGGGUGUCAGUGACGAUAACAGAGGCGAAAACCGUGGCAGGAUUGUUGGGGAGGUUGAAGAACAACAAGCGGAUGAAGGGGAGAAACAGGGCUGCAGUUUCGGACUGUGUGGAGGUCUUUGAAGCCGCCAUUGAUGAGCUCCAUCGGUCACUUGGGGUUCUUAGAAGACUGAGUAGGAGCAAUUUUGAUGCACAGAUAGGGGAUCUGACGACGUGGGUUAGCGCUGCGCUGACGGAUGAAGAUACUUGUGUUGAAGGAUUUGAAGGAGAAAGGGGAAAAUUAGUGAAUUUGAUAAGGAACCGUGUGUUGAAGGUUGGUUAUAUUACGAGUAACGCACUUGCUUUGGUUAACAAAUUGGCUGCCUCUGGACUCGAAACUGCACCAAAUCAGUAAAAAUGACAUCGGGAUUUCUCGAAUGUGAAGUGGAGACGGUAUACAUAUGAUAAUUUGUAAUUGUACCCUUUGAGAACUUUGCAUUUUGGUGUUUCACAAGCUUUUUUUCCCCUUAAAUAUGAUGAAGUCACUUUUAAUCC